AUGAUUGUGUCACAGCAACGUCACCAUGUCCCCAAGUUUGGUGGCUGGGAUAAUGAUAACAUUCCGUACACUGCCUACUUCGACACUGCACGCAAGGAAAAAUCCGGCAUGAGGAUGAACCCAAAUGAUCCGGAGGAGAAUCCAGAGGCCUUCAUGCAUGCUAGAGGGGGCAUGGAAAAAUCCGGCAUGAGGAUGAACCCAAAUGAUCCGGAGGAGAAUCCAGAGGCCUUCAUGCAUGCUAGAGGGGGCAUGGAAGAUGAUGUUGAUUUCUCUUCUGGCGCCUAUCAGGGAAUUACUGCAGAACAUCACAACAUUGUUCGGAGACUCAAAGGGCACAAUGCACACGGGACAAAAUCUGCUAAUGAUCAUCAGAAGAGUGCAAGCCACAAUAGCAUCACAUCAGAAUCAGGAAGUGAGAAGAGUAGUUCCGAGGGAAAUAAAGCCUUAUCUUCAUCAAGACAUUUUAGACAGAGAAGUAGAAGCACUCAUUCAACUAAUCAUGAUGGUCAUCAGAGGGCAGCAUCAAUUCCCAAAUUUGGAGCAUGGGAUGAAACAGAUCCAAAGUCAGGUGAAGGUUUUACUGUGGUUUUCAACAGAGUGAAAGAGGAGAGACAAAUUGCAUCAACCACAUUUCCUUCUGUGCCAACCCAACCAGUAAAUCGUCAAACUAGUCAAAGAAACCAAGGAAGUUCUUCCUCUCUAUCAAAGUUCUGUUGCUGUUUCUUUCCGCGAGGGAAAUGAGUGACCAGAUGGCUACUUCAGCUUCUUACAACCUUUGCUUAAGAUCUGGAGAUACUUCAUUUGAUGGCAUGCAGCAAUGGUUUCUCACAACAGUGCCGUUUGUCCAAGGACACUAGAAAUUUGGGGUUUUUAUUCUUUGUAGCAUUACAUUAACAUUGUUCCUUGUUAAUAUGGAAAAAGAGAAGAAAAAAAACAAGAAUCUUGGUUUUUGCUCCUUGUAUG